CCGGCGGGCGCGGGGCUGCCCCUGGCGCAGCAGCCGAGCGCCGGGAGGGUCGCGAGGGAAAGGCGGCUCCCACCGAGCCCGUAGGAACAACACAAACAACUCGCGCGAAGGGGUUUGAACGGCGCGGGGCGGUUUGGUACAGAGCGAUGGGCAACGCGCAGGCGGAAGAUGAAGUAACGCUCUUUGAAAGAGAUAUGAAAGAGUUUUGGAUCCAGUUUAAAAUCAGUUAUGGCACUGAACAGAGCAAUCAGACUUCAGCGCUGAGAGAUCUGUGCAAGGAGACUAUAGAGGCUCUUUCAGAGAAAUGGUCCAAGAAGCUGAAAGAAGAGGACCUGAUGAUAGACAAAAUUCAGGAGUAUAACAAUGAGAUUCUCCAGCAGAGCAAAUACGUAGCAGAAAAGGAAGAGCAGUUGACAGAAAUAAAAUCAAAGCUAAAUCAGGAAGAAGAGCAGCAGCAGAACUUGACUGACAGCAUCCAAGAGCUUAAAGAAGAGCUGAUGAAGAAAAUGGAAAUAAAAUCUUCUAAAAAUAAAGCCACCAAGGAGAAAGUGGAACAAGUGAGCAAGAUUACAUCAUUGUUUAAAGAGCAUCUUGGAUUGGAGAUGCGUAGAAUACAGGAUGAGCAAUUACAGUUUAUAUUCAGACACAUUGACCAGAAAGAUCCUGACAAGCCUUACAUGUGUACCCUUUCCAUAAAUGAACAAGGAGACUAUGAAGUGACUUCCUGUACUCCUCCUCUGGACUGUAUUGCAGAGUUACAGCUCAAACUGAGAGAAACUAACAAUUUUUCUGCAUUUGUUGCCAACAUCAGAAAAGCUUUCACCGCUUUAUCAUAUAAACAGUCUGCGUAAAACUAGUUUGUACCUCUCUUUCUGGCUGUAGAGCACUCUUAUUUCCUUCCUGUUGGUGAAAUGGUGUAUUUAUCCAUGUCUGAUUCUUAAUUUCUAAAUAAAGAUAAUGAAAACAGUAUUUUAGUCCACUAUUAUCUAGAUACAUUUUGGAUCAUUCUUCAAACAACAAACAGUAUCACCAACUACUGCCUUAACUGAAUGUCUCUUGACGUGUAAAUUUUGAUCCAUUACAUGCAAUAAAGAAGUUAUGAUUUGUGCUUUGCUUCCCCAUGG